ACGAGUGACGACGUGGCCGAGGUUACGUUUCUACCUCUACCCCGUGUUUCAACGGACCGGGGCAAUUCAAACAAGGCAACCGGCUUUUGUUCAUAGCUAGAUCACAGGAUCGGGUACUUGCUUGAACAAGUCUCUUCAGUUUGAUAUCACCACUUUACAACAAUGUCUGGCAAAAUCAAGAGCCGAAGUGCCGCAAACGCAGACUCCAUAACUGGCGGUGUGUCCUGCGAUGAGCGCAUCUUGCGGGAUUGUCAUCAACUGUACACGGAUCCCAACAGUGGGUUGAUCUCUGUAGCCGAAUCUGUUGGUGUGAAGCUGCUGCCGCCCAGGAAAAAGAUCACUGUGUUGUUGAUGGGCAACCACUCUGCUGGGAAGAGCUCAUUCAUCAACUGGUAUGUCGAAGAGCAUAUCCAGCGCACUGGAGUGGCUAUUGAGACUCAAGGCUUCAGCUUUGUUACAAGUGGGCGCAAGAGAGAAUCUCUCACAGGAAACGCCACCCUUCACCUAUAUCCACACUUCAAGCCUCUGCAAGAGUUCAAAGGUGUUUCAGAGUACUUAAGCACAGAGAUCUGCACGUCGCGACAGAAACGGUUCAGCCUGGUGACUUUUGUGGAUUCGCCAGGGUUGGUGGAUGGUGAUAUGAAGUAUCCCUUUGAUGUGGAUCAGGUUAUCCUCUGGCUCGGUGAUCUCUGUGACCUGAUUCUGGUCUUCUUUGACCCCAUGGGUCAGGCUCUUUGCAAGCGCACCCUCAACAUUGUGGAGAACCUGAACGAGAAACACGGGGAUCGCCUGCAUUUUUACCUGAGCAAGGCUGACGAGGCCGGGGGGGAGUCGGAUAGACAGAGAGUAAUGAUGCAGAUUGUGCAGGAGCUCUGCAAGCGACCGGGACUCAACACAUGUGGUUUUGACAUGCCCACCAUCUACAUUCCUAAUCCAAAUAAGCCAAGUCGCUGUGUCAACCAGAUUGAGGAGGUCUGUCGCACCAUUGAGAAAACUAUUAACCAAACUGUACAGAAUACUCUCAACUCCCUGGAGAAAGACUGUGAGCUCAUCAUCGAGGCAAUCACUGACACGCUCAGUAAUGACAGGCAGACCAGUGUUGAGAACCGACGGGCGCGCUGUAAGAGCUGCUUCCUGACUCUGCUGGGCUUCAGCAUUCCUCUGGCUCUGAUGGCCCUACUGGUGCUGGGCACUCUGUCCCAGGAGCUGCUGGACAUGGCUCUGGGCCGCCAGGGCACAGAGACACUGUCACUCUACCUGGCUCCCAUAGUGAAAAUAUUUGACUCCCUCUCUGUGGAGCAGCGGCUUUAUGGCUGUGGUGGACUGGUCCUCUUCUCCUUCCUCCUGCUCAUCAUCGCACGCUUCUCCUUCAGGACACAACCAACUCUGUCAGGCAAACAGAAAAGGCAACUGCAGGAGAAGCUGGAGUACGUUCAGGAGGUGGUCAAGACCAAAAAGAAAAAGCUGUAUGAAGAAUACCUUCGCCAGAGCGUCAGCGAUCACGACAUGGACUUGUAAAGACAGAUGGAGACGUACACGACGAUUGAGCAUCCCAGCUCUGACGUGCCAUAGGACCAAAUGAAAGCUUUGCAAAGGUUUCACACCAGCCGCCACGUCACUCUGACCGAAUCUUUAUGAAGUGUUCGGAUGUAAAUCAGUUAUGAGCACAUGGUACGCAUGUAGAAACCCAUCCAAAUUCUGGUGCUUUGGAUACUGUAAAGCCAUUUACCUGUUAGGUCAUGUUACCUCUUUAGAAGGUCUUAAACCACACUACCUGCAGAUUAGGAUGGUUUACUCUUAUGGCAAAUGAGCUUUUGUUACUGAUCACUUUUCUGUUGUGAGCAUUUAUAUACAUGUAUUCUGUGCCUCUGAUCGACUCAAAGGAGUUCAGUCUGAUGACCACUUUAUAUUUAUAAAUUUGCUAACUAUUUAUAAUUUUCCUUUACGAGAGAAUUUGUAUUGUGUAACGGCAUAUAGCACUGUUUCACAUGAGUCACUUUGUAUGAUUUAGUGUUUUUGAAGACUUUCACCAGAAUUUUAUACAGUACUUUGGCUGCAUGGUAUCAUGAAGUUACAGUUUUGGUAUUAAUCCAGUUCAUAGUGUACGUCUGUAUUAACUAAUAUGUAGAAUUUACAAUUACGCACACAACUUAUUAAAUAACCAGCAGUCAAACAUUCAGUGACCAAUUCAACCUUGUAUUUUCCUGUCCUGCAUUGUGACCAUGUUUUAAUUACAUCAUGACUUAAAUAAAAACAAUUUUCAAUAUA